AUGAAGCGUCUGAUCGUCAUCCUGGAUGGUGCUUCGCUCGAGACCGUGAAGGUCGGUAAGUCCGGCAAGUACGAGCUGCUCAACUGCGAUGACCAUCAUCACAUCCUGAGCCGCGCCAAGCGCUCGGCCUCGGACUACCGCCCGGACAUUGCGCAUCAGUGUCUGCUCACCCUGCUGGAUAGCCCGCUGAACAAGGCAGGCCUGCUGCAGGUGUACAUUCGCACGGACAAGGGUGUCCUCAUUGAGAUCAACCCGCAAACCCGCAUUCCCCGCACGUAUCCUCGCUUUGCCGGUCUGAUGGUCCAACUCCUACACAAGCUGAGCGUGCGGGCGGCCGACGGCCCCGAGAAGCUGCUCAAGGUCAUCAAGAACCCGGUGACUGAUCACCUGCCGAUCGGCGUUCGCAAGUUCU